CACACAUGAGAAGUGUGUGAUAAGUAUUGGUUGAAAAAGAAAAUCGCAUUCAUAUGCAAUCUAAAAUAUCAAAUGCCUGUUGUGUUUUGUUUUUAGCCCAUUUGAUCCUUUCGAGGGAAACAAAUAUGAAGCAAGGAGAAAUUAGACGAGACUUCGCAUUUGCUUCAUUGAGGAUCAGCUCUCCUAGCUAGCACAAAAUCUCAGUUCUUGUGAAGAACUCCUUUAAAUGCAGUAUCACCAGACUGUGGCUCAGCAGCAGGUGUUGGUGACUUCUUUGUCCUUCCGGACCAUCAAAACAACUACUGCCUUUCAGCCGGCUUCCAUGACCUAGAGGUCAGUUAUAGCUUCAUGAUUCCCCAUGGAGGAUAUUUCACUAAAAUGCAGUUUGUAUGAAAACACCAUUUCCCAGAAGGGUAAACAGAGAAGGCAUAAUAACCUCUGCAAGCUCUCCUAUAAACUUCAAAGAGUUCGUCAGUGCGAGCUGAGCUCCUUCCCUGAAUGAAUUCAAGUAACCCUGGUGCUUGCCUUCUGCGAUGACCAGCAGAUGCAAGCCUGUGCAGCGCCUGCCUAAGGUCUGAUCUCCAGCUCUCGGGCACCCGGUCCAGCCAAGGAAGUCCCAGUAUGGAGUUUUCAACAACGACCGCCAGUUCCGUGGCUGUGCAAGCUGGAGACUCCAAAAUUGUGAUUGCUGUCUUAAAGUGUGGCAAAUUGGUACAACUUCAACUGGUUGAAUCACAGCCCAAUCUUCUAGAAAUUGGUAGCAAUCAAGAUGAAACCAAAAAACUUCUUCAUGACCAUGAACUUCUCUUGGCAAAACUUAAGGCUUUGGAAGAUCAGGUAUGGGAACUCUUACAGGAAGCAGACAAAACAGCUGAAGAGAAUAAGGAUCAGAGUCAGGUGUAUGAAGCCAUGGCCCAGACCCUGGGUGAAGCAUGGAAAGGCCUCGUAUUCAUGCUUGAAAGAAGAAGGGAACUUCUUAUGCUGACCUCUGAAUUUUUUGAAAAUGCUUUGGAGUUUGCAAUUAAAAUAGAUCAAGCUGAAGAUUUCCUCCAGAAUACUCAUGAAUUUGAAAGUACCGAGUCCCUAAAAUCUCUUCUUCAGCUCCAUGAGCAUCAUACUAAAGAACUUCUAGAAAAAUCUCUAGCACUUCUAAACAAAAGUCAACAACUCAAGGACUUUAUUGAAAAAUUCAAAUUUGGUGGUCCUAAUAUAAAUCCUGAAUUAAAUCAAGGAGCUCAAAGCAGCUGUCUGAAGAUAGACAACCUUCUUGAACUUCUACAAGACAGAAGAAGGCAACUCGAUAAGUACCUGAAGCAACAGUGGCAGGAAUUGAGUCAGGUUCUGCAGAUAUGUCAGUGGGACCAACGAGAAAGCCAGGUUACUUGUUGGUUUCAGAAAACUAUAAGAGAUUUACAGGAACAAAGUCUAGGUUCAUCACUUUCAGACAAUGAAGAACUGAUCCGUAAACAUGAGGAACUGGUUAUACAAGCAAAGGAAUGGAAUCUGGCUGUGGAGAAGCUGGAGCGUGAGGCCCUGGGGAUUCUGCUGUCAAAAGACCACGUGGAGAAUGCACAUGUACAGCUCUCCAAUCAGAAACUGAAUCGGCUUCAAGAAGAAUUUGGUCGGCUCCUGGCAGAGAGGAAAACCUGGUUACAAAAGGCAAAUGAGUUUUUUAAUAGUGUUAACAAGGCAUUUGAUGUACUUGGAAGAGUUGAAGCUUACCUUAAGCUCCUUAAAGCAGAGGGUUUAAGUCUGCCUAUCUUGGCAGCAAAGCAUGAGGAAUUACACCAAGAAAUUAAAGCCUGCACGGCUGAUGCUUUGCAAAAGGGACAAGCCUUAAUCAGCCAAGUGGACUCUUGCAGCUUUCAGGUAGCCGGUGUCCGUGAGAUGGUGGGAUGCAUUCAGAGACGAGUGGAUCAUCUGACUGAACAAUGUUCUGCACACAAGGAACUUGCUCUUAAGAAACAGCAGUUAACAGCAUCGGUGGAGGACUGCCUAAGGAAGGAGACAUCACAUGAAUUAGAAACAGCUUUAAAAAUGAUGACAGACAAAAAUGAAUUUGAACUUGAUGGAAUGGCUUCACUUUCUUCUAAAGCUAAUUGGCUAAAGGAAGAAUUACACAUAUUCAGUCAAAGCAUUGUCUUCAGGUCACAACUCCUGCAAGCAUAUGUGACAUUCCUUAAGUCAUCAAAGGAGGUGGAGGAACAGUUUCAGAGCCUAAAGGAGUUUUAUCAGACUGAAAUGCCUCAAAAGGAAGAAGAUGAUGUUAACGCAAAAAACUGGUCUGAAAAGCAGUGGCAGCUAUUCUUAAAGAAGAGCUUUUUCACCCAAGACCUGGGGCUUGAGUUCCUUAACUUAAUAAAUAUGGCAAAAGAGAAUGAGAUAUUAAACAUGAAACAGGAAAUAAACAUCAUGGAGAACACUAUCGGAAACCAAAAGGCAAGAAGAGAAGAGCUGAGUCAUCAUCGGAUGGCAUGGCAACGGAAGGCCACUGAAAGCAAGCCUUUGAAACAGCAGUGGGGGGCUUUGAAAGAGAAGCUUAAAAAGACUGCACACAACCUAAAGCUCCUUGAGGAGGCACUUAUGCCCGCGUCUGCACUUGACCUUGGAGGAAGCCUCCAGACCAUUCUAGACUUACGACAAAAAUGGAAUGAGAUGAAGCCUCAGUUCCAGCAAAUGAAUGAUGAAGUACACUACCUUAUGAACGAAUCAGAAGACCUGAGUGACCGAGGAGCCCCUGUGAGAGAGAUGUCUCAACAACUGAAGGACCUUCUUCACCUGCAUCAGAAACAGAAAGAGAGAAUCCAAGAUUAUGAGCUUGUCCUGUACAAGGCAGUGCAGUUCCACCGAGUCAAGGAAAAGCUAGGACAUCUCAUCACGUCAAGAGAAGAAGAGUUUCUGGGGCAGCUGAUGGAACUGGAGGAUGCUCAUGAUGUCCAGAUUCAUCUUACCCGCUCUCAGGAGAAGCAGGCCCAUGUAGACCAUCUUUAUAAACUGGCCCUUUCCUUAGGAGCAGACAUCAUCUCAUCAGUGCAUUGGCCUAACUGCUCUAAUGUCUCAGCAAAGAAGCUGCAGCAGCAGCUGGAGGGUCUGGAAGAGGACAGCCGGACCUGGGUCAUCCGGGCUGAGGACCGAGACCGGAUGCUGGCCCGCAGCUUGCAGUACUGCAGCUUAAGAGAUGAGAUCAAUGAGCUCAAAGAAUCAUUCAAAGAUACCAAAAAGAAAUUCAACAAUUUGAAGUUUAAUUAUUCUAAGAAAAAUGAAAAAACUCGAAAUCUGAGGACUCUUAAAUACCAAAUUCAGCAAGUUGAUACAUAUGGCGAAAAAAUGCAGGUUUUGAAAAGGAAAAUAGAAAAAAUUAAUAAUAAAGCUUCUGAUUCGUUCCUCAAUUAUCCAAGUAACAAAGUUAAUGUCCUCUUGGAAACACUGAAGGAUUUGCAGAAACAUGUGGAGGACUUUGACAAAGUGGUUACGGAUUACAGAAGAAAUUUGGACCUGACAGAGCAUCUUCAAGAAAUAAUACAGGAGUGUCACUUUUGGUAUGAAGAUGCAAGUGCCACAGUUGUGAGAGUUGGGAAAUAUUCCACAGAGUGCAAGACAAAGGAAGCUGUGGAAAUUCUGCACCAGCAGUUCAAGAAGUUCAUUGCACCCUCAGUGCCACAGCAAGAGCAGAGGAUGCGGGAGGUUACUGACCUGACUCAACGCUUGUAUGGUGUGGAAGAAGGGCAGAAAUAUGCUGAGAAAAUCAUGGCAAAACAUGAAGAGGUUCUUGAAUCCAUUAAUGAAUUAUGUGGCUCACUGACAGAGCUUGAAGAAAAACUGAAGCAGGGAGAUGACUUAAAGAUGAACCUAAAUUUGGAAGAUGUCCACAAUGAUUGCAUUGACUUGUUAAAGGAACCAGCAAGAGAGAAGCAGACAAUGUUCAAAGGAGGAAAGAGUCAGGAUCAUGUGCAAGUGGCUGAUGUUUGGGCCGUGGACAACACAGGGGAAGAGAAGCUUCCACAGCACCUGGAGCAGCUGUCCUCCUCCAAAGAAGGUGGCCUCCACGGCCUGCCCCUGCCUGAGGAUGUGCUGUCGGGAGAAGAAUAUGAGUGUGUCUCGCCUGAUGACAUCUCCUUGCCCCCACUCCCGAGAAGCCCAGAGUCCCCCCUUGUGCCCUCUGACAUGGAGGUGGAGGAGCCCCAUGGCCUUCAUUCCCCCAGCCUUCCCAUCAGCAGCUGUCAGAUGCAGACAGGGGCCAGAAGUCCUGGGCAGACCCAGGAAUCUGUUCUUCCUCCACCUGCUGCUUUUGCUGAUGCAUGCAAUGAUAAGGGUGCAACAUUUUCAAGUCAUUUUGACAAGCCUGGUCCCCAGUUCAAAUCUGAGCCCCCUGUAACCUCAGGAAGAUCUCUGGAAAAGAGUGUUGCUUUGUACAAAUCCCACGCUAAGCAUCCUGAAAGCAUGCCAAGGGAAGUGCAUGAGAGGGCCUCCCAGCAGCACCCUCAGGCUCAGGGAAGUGUGGGUCAGAUGCAUGCUGAUAAUAACGGCACUAAAACCCAAGAACCAGAGCAGCUGCAUGCUGCCUCUGACACGACCUCCAGCCUCAGCUUUCAAUCCAGCUCCAGCCGGGGAUGUCAGAGGCAAGUGGUUCCCCAGGAAGAAGUUAGAAGCACAGCAGCAAAGAACCACGUGGUCAGCCUAGCUGGCCAGGCUCCUAACUUCUCCAGGCUCCUGUCUAAUGUAACUGUUGUGGAAGGUUCUCCAGUGACUUUGGAAGUUGAAGUAACAGGAUUUCCAGAGCCUACACUGACAUGGUACAAGAAGGGCCAGAAACUGUCUGCAGAUGAGCACUUGCAGGUUGUACACAAGGAGACAAGGCAUUCGGUGUUCAUUCCGAAGGUAUGCGAGGCAGAUGCAGGUCUGUAUGUGGCUCGGGCCCAAAAUUCCAGUGGAGCUCUCUCUUCCCAGGCCAUCCUCCAUGUGACAGGUAACAGCAGGCCACCCAUCACAAGGAUAAACUGGAUAACGCUCGGUGUCCUCUACCUUACUGUCUCCUUAAUACACUGGCUACUCACUCAGUAA